AUGCCCAGAACCUUAACCCUCGCCCACUUCAAAGCCCUCAUGUUAUUCCUCUCUGUUUUCCUCAACCUCUACUUCCUCUUCCUCCACACGCUGCCAGCCCUUCUCUCUCGCUACACUUCCUCCCCCACCACACGCAGCCACCUCGUCUUCGCCGUCACGUCCUCCUCCCGCUCCUGGUCCCGCCGCGAGCCAUACCUCCGCCUCUGGUGCUCCCCCGCCUCCAUCCACGCCUUCGCGUUUCUUGAUCGUGCACCAAUCGACUCCUCCGGCGAGAAGUCCAUCGCUCCUGUCGUCGUCUCCGGUGAUACCUCCUGUUUUCCGUACACUUUCAAUGGAGGGCGCCGUUCCGCGAUCCGCGUGGCAUGCAUGGUCAAGGAGGUCGUCGAUCGCGGCGAGCCGAAUGUGAGGUGGUUCGUGUUUGGUGACGAUGACACGGUGUUCUUCGUGGAGAAUCUGGUGAGGACGAUGUCAAAAUACGAUCACGAUCGGUGGUUUUACGUCGGGAGCAAUUCAGUUGCAGUCGCGGUCACGGGGAUAGCGACGAUGAUUGAAGAAGAAGGCAAUGGGGGUUGGAUUGGAGUGUGGCUGGCGAUGAGGGUUGAUUGCAGGAAGUGUGGGAGGUUGGAAUUUAGGGUUAGGGUUUGGUAG